UUACGUACACAACACGUUUUUCAAAAUGGCGAAGCAUCAUCCUGAUUUGAUAUUUUGUCGUAAACAGCCCGGUGUUGCUAUUGGUAGAUUAUGCGAGAAAUGCGAUGGUAAAUGUGUGAUAUGUGAUUCAUACGUACGUCCGUGUACUUUAGUUCGGAUAUGCGACGAGUGUAACUAUGGUUCUUAUCAAGGUAGAUGUGUUAUUUGUGGCGGACCUGGCGUGUCUGAUGCUUACUAUUGUAAAGAAUGUACGAUACAAGAAAAAGAUAGAGAUGGCUGUCCAAAAAUAGUAAACCUCGGCAGUGCCAAAACAGAUCUGUUCUACGAAAGAAAGAAGUAUGGAUUUAAAAAAAGAUGAUAUACAUAACUGACUUCACACUUUUAUUCCAUGGACUGAUAUUCUUGUUUUGUUAUUGCUGUGAACUAAGCACGCAUCAGCAAUGUGACAUCUGUAUACAUCGUGACGACUUGGUCCAGCUGUGACGUUUCCAAUAUAUUCAUCGUUUUACUAAGCCCACUUGGUAAAAUACAACACCCAGGAUGACUUCAGUAGUGUACACUUGUUGAGUUUAUUUGUAUAUUACCGUACUGUAAAUGGAUAUAUGUAUUCAAUUUACAAAUUACUGUAUUUUUGAAAAGUAAUGUCUGAAAUAAUUUGCAUAUUACUGUAAUUAGAUGAGUAACGUCUAGAUAAUUUGCAUAUUACUAUAAUAGGAUGUAAAUUGCAUAUUACGGUAAUAACAUAAAUAUUUUUAGGAAUUUGCAUAUUACUGUACUGGGAGGAGUAACAGCUGAAUUCAUUUGCAUAUUACUGUACUUGGAUGAGUGAUGUCUGAUGUAAUUUGCAUAUUACGGUGAUAACAAAUAUUUUUAGGAAUUUGCAUAUUAAUGUACUGGGAGGAGUAACAGCUGAAUUCAUUUGCAUAUUACUGUACUUGGAUGAGUAAUGUCUGAUGCAAUUUGCAUAUUACGGUGACAACAUAAAUAUUUUUAUGAAUUUGCAUAUUACUGUACUGGGAGGAGUAACAUCUGAAUUCAUUUGCAUUUUACUGUACUUGGAUGAGUAAUGCCUGAUGUAAUUUGCAUAUUACUGUACGUGGAUGAGUAACAUCUGUUAAUUUGCUUAUUACUGUAAUUACAUAAGAAACAUUAAUUUGCAUAUUACUAUAUU